GUGACAUCAGCAAUUUGUCCCUUUGAUGACAUCAUCAACUGUGCACUUUGAUGACAUCAUCAAAGGUGUCACUGAAGACCCAAUGACAUCAUUGUGCAGAGAAACGCAUCAGUUCAUGACAUCAAAUGACAUCAUAUGACAUCAUAGGUCAUUGCUCCUAGAUCCCCUUUACUACUAACACUGACAAAUUGUCAGAGUUGUCAACUUCUAAACAACUUGUUACUUGGAAGAAAAAUUUGACUUGUGAAAAGAUCGGCAAGAAAGAAGAGAAAUGAGUGAAAUAAAAGAAUUUGCGAUUUUAGGCGCUGGAGUAGCAUUUGGCUACAUUGCUGCUAGAGCUUGGUGGAAAACAUUUAAUGAAGUUCCAAACAUCCAAGAAACAGAUACGCAAGAGUUAAUGGAGGAAAAUCACAGAGAAGAGUUAACGGAGACACAAGAGUUAAUCGAAGAAAAUCACAGAGAAGAGUUAACGGAGACACAAGAGUUAACAGAGGAAAACCACAGAGAAGAGUUAACGGAGGAAAAUUACAAAGAGUUAACAGAGACACAAGAGUUAACGGAGGAAAACCACAGAGAAGAAAUAUCAAAGACAGAGGAGUUAACGGAGGAAAAUCAAAAGAUAAAGUUGAUGGAGACCAAUGAAAACUUGGUUGAAAGACUUGUAUCACCAACAGAUAAUUUAGGGAAACGUACUGACUCAAUUCUGUCUAAUGCCAUCGACUCUGCACUUUCUGCUAGUCCCCAACAAGAUAAUGGAAAAGUAACAAAGACACCUAAGAUGUCCAGUCCAGUGAUAAUUGCUUGUCACCAGUCUCAAAGAUUUGUUGAAGCAGAAGAACAUGAAUUGAAACUAAAGAGCAGGGCAGUACAUUCAAAUCCAAAUUUCCCAACUAUCUCAAUCAAAGGAAUGUGUAGAAUCUCAGAAAAUGACAUAAAUAACUGCUGGUUUACUGCCACAAUGCAGGCUGCUUUGAGUCUAAAGUCAGUAAGAACAAAACUUCUCCAAGAAAAGAAAGCAGACUUUCUAGACAUCACAAAGUCCCACAUACCAGAAUGUUCAAAAUUGUUUGUGUCAAGCCUUGACCACCCUGAUGAACCCUUCAGCCCAUCAACAAUCUCCCCCUGUUUGGUUGAACUGAGUCAUCUGAAACCUUCACUGGAUCUAAAAAAGCAAAGUAAUAUUACAGAAUUCCUAGAAGCAUUGAUGAGGUGGUUAAACAAGUGUGGGAUUUACUCAACUCUAUGUAUUGAAAAAAUCACCAAGUGCAGAAAAUGCAGGGCGAUCUCAAGCACUUCAGAAAACUUAGGUCCUCUUUGUUUGCUCUCAACUCCCAGACAGAAUGACACCAUGAACUUGCUUCUCCGACACCAGUUUGUUUUCUUCUUCCCCGUUGAAAACUGCAAAUGCUGCCGUUCCAGCGUCGCAUACGAUGUG